GGUCCUGUGGUGACGUCAUCGCUGCUGGUCUGCAGCCUGUUGUUUUGUUUGUUGAGUUCAGCGUCGAUCAGAGAGUUAGGACAGGAAACACGUGAAGGACAGUGAAGAAGUGAAGAAGACCAGAGAUAGAGACAGACACAGAGACACCUGAACCUGUUCGAUCCGCUGCGUCGAGCGAACUCAGCCCGGAAACAUGAAAUGGAUGUUCAAAGAGGAUCACUCCCUGGAACAUCGAUGCAUAGAAUCCGCCAAAAUCCGCAACAAGUACCCUGACCGGGUCCCGGUGAUCGUGGAGAAAGUGUCGGGUUCGCAGAUCGUGGACAUCGACAAGAGGAAGUACCUGGUCCCCUCCGACAUCACGGUGGCUCAGUUCAUGUGGAUCAUCAGGAAACGCAUCCAGCUGCCCUCGGAGAAGGCCAUCUUCCUGUUUGUGGACAAGACGGUGCCCCAGUCCAGCAUCACGAUGGGGCAGCUUUACGAGAAGGAGAAGGACGAGGACGGCUUUUUAUACGUGGCUUACAGCGGCGAGAACACCUUUGGUUUUUAAAUCAAGAGGCCGGAUCACGACCCGCUGACCUGCGGCGCCGCCACAGACACCCGCCCACUUCUAAUCACAGCCCCGACUUGGCCCCUGGAGAUAGCGAGGGAAGCCCCGGAGAGAUUGAGCGACAUGAAGGCAACAGGACGAUGGAGGG